AUGGCGAACAAGGGCACCGCCAGCAAUCCGCUGGUAAUCGCUGGCAAGCCCGACACGUCGCUCAACGUGCAAUUGCACCCUCUCGUACUGCUCACCAUCUCCGACUACAUCACUCGACACACGCUGCGGCAGCAGAAGGGCCCCAUGGUAGGCGCCAUCAUCGGCCAGCAAAAUGGACGCAACUUCACACUGGAGCACGCUUUCGAGUGCAAACUGGCGGACAGCGGCAGUGACAUCACGCUCGACGCCGACUGGUUCACCGCGCAGCUCGACAUGUACAAGGAAGUGCACAAAGCACCUGCGCUUGAUAUGGUCGCGCUGUUCACACUUGGUCCCGUCGACGGUCCGCAGCCAGCACAUUUGCCCGUCCUGCAGCAGGUGCAGACGCUCACAUCGUCGGACAGCAUCAUGCUGCUGAUGUUCCACCCCGAGCUCGUGGACAACCUGCAGGGCGGCAAGCUGCCCAUUACCCUGUACGAGUCUGUUGAAGAGAUGGAGGCCGAUGUGAURCAUGUGCGGUUCCGGGAACUACAAUUCGAGGUGGAGACGGGAGAUGCAGAGAUGAUUGGGGUGGAUUUCGUGGCCAAGGGAGGUGGCAAUGCUACCGCAGUGCGCAAGGCAGAGGUCACAUCUGGAGCUGCCUCGAGUUCGAAGGAGAAGAAGGGCAAGGGUAAAGGCAAGGCAAAAGAUGAAGAGGGCGAGGCGGCGCCGACAUCAUCAGGACAUGUCCUUUCGUCAGAGGAGGAAGAGCUUGUCUCCUCGCUCACUGCCAAAGCCAACGCCAUCAAGAUGCUGAACGAGCGCCUCGACCUGAUACGAUCAUAUCUCAUAAGCCUACCCCCAUGCUACCUCAACGGAGCUUCACCCGAUGCCGCGCCCGAACAUGUCAACUUUCCGCUUCUCCGCAGCGUGAGCUCGAUGCUUUCCCGCUUGCCUUUGCUGACUCCGCCAACAACCUCUGCGCAGCCAGCUUCUCGAGCCGACAAUACCACCGCUACCUCCUCUUUGGAGGACGCCAAGCAGAAGCAGAAGGAAGAUGUCAACCUCACUUCCUUGCUGUCCACCCUUACACGAUCCGUCGCAGAAGCACAGAAUUUGGGCUCCAAGUUUCAUGUUUUGCAGAGGGAGAAGACCAGCAAAGAACGUUCGAAUUACGGACCACGCGGUGGUUUCGGUCGUGCAAUGGGAGACGAGGGUACCACGGCUGACAGCGGAAUGUACUAG